GGUUGAUGGUGGUUAAAGAAAAAAAAAAGUAUGUGUACAAUGUUCAGUUUAUCACAACAAGUAAAAGAGUUUGACUUUGAUGGCGGACGGACACAUUCUUUAUGGAAUCUAAUAAAAAUGUUAUUCAUCUAAUUGCCGGAGGCACGGCUGGAACCACUGGAGCAGUGUUGACAUGUCCACUUGAGGUAGUCAAAACUAGGCUUCAAUCAUCAGUGUCCUCCUUUGUUCAGGUCAAUGUGCAUGCUGCUCUGCGUUUGUUGCCAUCCCAGCAAGUAGUGGCAAUCAGUACAUGUACACACGGCUGUCAAGUUGUUCACAACGAUGCAGUUCUUGACCCUAGCAAAUACAAGAAGCACCAGUUUCAAAUUGUUAGCUGCUUGAAGCAUAUUUUAAAAACUGAGGGCAUUAAGGGUCUCUUUAAAGGUCUGGGACCAACUUUGGUUGGAGUAGCUCCGUCUCGAGCCAUCUAUUUCGGCGCCUACGCCCACUGUAAGCAAGCACUCAACCGAGUCAUCACUCCAGACACACAUUUAGUUCACUUGUGUUCAGCAAUAGCAGCAGGUGUAUCUGCGGCUACUUGCACCAAUCCAAUAUGGUUUGUGAAAACAAGGUUACAGCUAGAUCAGAAGUCAGAGAACAAGCUUACAUGUCGGGAAUGUAUCAGGAGGAUCUACCAACAGAGUGGCAUCAAGGGCUUCUACAAAGGUAUCAGUGCUUCCUACUUUGGGGUCAGUGAAACCGUGGUCCAUCUGGUCAUUUAUGAGGCCAUCAAGGCCCACAUUCAACAAAAGACUAAUCAUGACAGGCUGGCUGCUGCCAAUCAGAGGCUGGAAGAUUCUGUCGAGCCUGACAUUGAUGGGGAUAUUGAUUAUAGCAAAGAAACUUUCCUGACCUCAGACUACCUGAAAUACAUGCUUGCAGGUGCCUGCUCCAAAACAUGUGCCACAUGUUUGUGUUAUCCACAUGAGGUUGCAAGGACUCGUUUGAGAGAGGAAGGCUCACGUUACAACUCCUUUUUCCAAACACUCUUCCUAGUUUUCAAGGAAGAAGGACGGGCAGGACUUUACCGAGGGCUAGGGACUCAAUUGAUUCGACAGAUUCCUAACACAGCUAUUGUCAUGGCAACGUAUGAAGCAGUGGUGCAUGCCUUGAUGCCUGUGAGUGAUUAGAUCUGACUGUAGCGUCUGGGUCAUUUCAUCUGGAGCAUGACUGUUUGUUUUAGCUGCAACACACAAAAAAAAAGUUCAAAUAAUGUUCAACAGAUUCACGCAAGACUUGUACUUCAAGAGCUCUAGUGCAUAAGGAUACUACACUCUGAUUGGUAGUCUGUUUAAAUGGAAAACUGUGAGAACAUUUUUUCGUACAAAUGAAGUGUCUGCCUGCUGUUGAGUGCUUCCUAUUGGCUCAGUGUCUAAGAAGUUACUUUUUCAGCUUUGAAGAUUACAUAAUUGUAUUGUUUCUGAAUUAGCAGCUAUCAAGAAGUUAGAUUUAACUGAGCUCACUACAGCAAUACUGUUCAAAAUGUACACUAUAUUCUACUAAGUAUAUAUGUAUAUAACAUGCUCAGGUUAUAUUCCAACAGGGUUGAGAUAGAGUAAGUUAUGAUUAAAACCUGCAAUAUAGUUCUUAAUUAACAAAAGUGUGUAUAAAUGUUAGAUUGAAUAUUUCUAAUAUUUGUUCCUUAUAUAUAUGUUGCCUUAUUUAGACCUGAUGUAGAAGAAUGAGGGGUCGGAAUUGUCAAAUAAAUUUGGUUUUAGUAGCAAAAUUAAGGGAUUUGAAUUGGGAAUGGAGGAAGAUUUAUUUAAAUAUCUGGCUUCUAGAAAUUCUGAUGUUUCAAUCAUAUGUUGUUUUAUAUCAACCCUGGGUUUGAUUAGAUGUGUGUUAAAAUUAAGCGUGUGAACAUGUAGUUGAUGUUUAUUAGGGUGUAAUUUAUAGAUUGUGUAGAUUGAAUGGGGAGCUCUAUUAAUCAGUAUUCAGAUUUAGUCUAGAAUGACUUUGUUGUUUCAAUUCAAGUUGCUCUACUUGACCAGAUAAUUAUUUGUUAUCAUUGGAGGUACAGUAUUCUCUGGAUCAUUUUUCACUUUAUAAAAUUUCAAUAAUUCAUUUUAGGCAUAAAUAUAAUGUUCAUUUUACUGUUAGGUGUCUAUUUUGGGGUUUAAACAAUUUUGUGAAAAAAAAAUAUUUUUUUUUUUAAUUUAUAUGUGCUCUUGUCCAGUGAAACAAUAAUUUUAAAUAUAAAAAAAGAUUAUUUUUUUUUUCAAAACUUGACAGAUUUGAUGUGAGCUACUUGUUUUGUUUUUUUUUGUGGAUAAUUUGAUUUAGGGCAUUGGGUAUAGUCAUAUUUUUUUUUAUUUGGUUAGUGGGUUUUUAAAAAGUUUUUCUGAAUUAAGUCCAUUAUAUGGUUGUUGAUUUUGUAAUGAGAUAAUUUAUUUGUAGUUUCUUAGUUGUCCACAGUGUAACUAAUAUAGAAUUCUAUUUUGUCACUAAGACAUUGAUAUAAAUUCAUUCUAGAACUUGUGGAGAAAGAUAGGAAUAUCUACCUUAUGUUCAAACUUUAAAAAAACUGCCUUAUUUUUGUACUUUAAUAUGUAUAACUAUUUUUUGUAAUUUCCAUUACCUCAGGCAUUAUGUUUAUAUUAGACAGAAACAAUUUGCAAUUAGAUUAUUUUUAUGUAUACCUGAAGAUUCAAGUUAAAUUCAUUUAGAACUCGGGGAAAUAUAGAUUGUUUAAAUCGAUAUAUAGAAAUUAAGAAUUUCUUAAGGCAUGUCCAAAUGUCACCAUACAGUCAGAAAAUGUAAAAAAAUAUUGAAAUAAUGUAUUUUGUGUGUGAAUUAAACCCAUUCUUUCCUAAUGGUGACUUCAAUCAUGAUGUAAAGCCAGUAUCUGACUUAGUGUGAACUGGAAAUAUUCUAGUCACUUUGUGUUACGAAAAUAUAAACAAAAUUGUUAGUAGUCUUUUUUUUUGGUUUAGCUUAAUAACCAAAACUAUUUAUAGAAUAUUGAGAGACUCACUGUACAUUGUAUUUACUGUUACAUUUUCUUAUUGUUUGUUUUGCCCAGAAACUUUCAUGAUGAAUUUGUCAUAUUUUUAGUGUGUACUUGAUAUAAAACCUUUCCUAUGUCAAAGUGUGUUGGACACACUUGGGAAAGGUUUUGCUUUCGAAGCUGUGCUUGAGAAAUCAACAACAGCAGCUGUACAUUGUUGUUGGUUUGGUGAGACUUGAAUGUGUCUGAGAGUGCUAGCUGGAGUUGGGUGGGUUAGAUUGAGCUCGGUUCUUGUGUCAUGUGAUGUAUAUAUGUUGUGUUUGAUUCUCCCAGAAAUGUGAGGAAUUGAGGGAUUUUGUUAUGAUUAGUGUUACAUACAAAUAUUAUAAUGAGCCUGUUAAAAUUAAAGGCUAAGAAAACAAAA